AUGGGCAACUCCUCCUGGUGUGGCAGUGACUACGACUUGAUGCCACACAAUUUAUCUGUGACCAGUAGCAGCCUCCAUGCAACUUGGCUGGAAAUAAAAGAGAGAGAGGAUGUGACAUGGUACUUGAAAAUCUCACAGUUGGCACUGGCUUUAGCUAUUAUCCGCUCAAAGCCUCCAGAUAAAAGUAGCAAAGAAUAUACAGAGCACCUGGCCAAGAUUGUAUCUAGAUCGGAUUCCAAGUGGAAGUCAAAAGUUGAAGCACUGGAAGCUGAAGUUCUUCGUUUAAGACAGCAGCUCCAUCUGAGCAAACUUUUUUCAGGAUUUUGUUUAGAAAACAGGAAUUCAGCUAUCAUAGCUGAGACUGCGCUGUCUACCAAUACAGAAGAUUGUGCAGACCAUUGUGAAGAUUCUGGAUGUGAUGUCUCAAGUAACUGUAUUGCUGACACACAAGAGAACUGUCUUACGUCCACCCAAAGUGAUUGCGGUAGCAACAGUUCUACAUCUGUUAUUCUGUCAAGUGCACAUCCAAUAUUGACACCUUGUCAUGCCUUUAAGACAGAUUCUUUGGUUGCUCAUAUGCAGUUCCUACAACGUUUCAUUGAACUAAGAAAACUGACAGAAGCUGGAGGCCCGAGAACAGAUUUGAAAAAAAUUGGAAGUGAUUGCUCCAAAAUAUCAGAUUCUCUCUCUCAAUUAGUCGAUGGCUUGGUUAUUUCAUAUAGUCUUCCUGAACUCCCUUUUUCAAUUUUUCUGAAGCAGACAAUUUUGGUCAUCACCAAGUUAUUAAAUGAUGCUGAUUUAUCUAGUCAGAUUCUGGGAAAGUGUUUCAGAAAGCUGGAAGACUCUAUCAAAAGACUUGUAGCAAUUGUUUUAAACAACAGUAAUCUCAAUCGAUUUCAGGUGCAAGAUUCAAUAUCCCAUGCCCUUGUGUCGCUAGGUAAAUGCAGCACAUUAAGGAACUCUACUAUAUCCUUGCUUUUCAGAGAAGUCAGUCGAUUUGCUGAGGAGUUGCAGCAUAUGAACAAGGUUCAAGCAAAGUAUGCUAUUCAGUAUGAAAAUAUUUUCUUUCUGUGUCAAGUUUUGGAACAGCUUCUUGAAAGGGGGACGGAACAAGAAAAUGCUGCUUGUUCAGUCUGUGAUGAAGAAGAGAAAAAGAAAUUUUUGCAGAACCUUGAUCAAGCUAUUUUUCAUCUUUCAGAUGAGUUCCCCUUGUUCUGUAUUUAUUUAUGGCGUCUAGGUACUCUGUUGAAUGCAGCAGAAAUACAAACAGGUGGUGAAAGAAAUUGGCCUUCUUCAGAGCAAUAA